GCAUAUCCAGAGAGCUGGACACCAUUCUCUGACCCUCACUCUUGCCUGUUACUUGUGUGUGUGAGUGUGUGUGGAUAAGAGAACGGCAAUGUUUAAUCAGUCAUCUUCACUGCUCUGUAUGGCCAUGAUGGCUCUGGUGACUGGUGUGUGUCUGGGAGGAUCUGACUCACCCCGUGGCAUCUCCUUACCUUUUGUGUUUGACCUGAAUGCAGUGUGUGAUCCACCAUGCAGACAUGCUGGGAUCUGUAUCCGAAACAGCACCUGCUUGUGCUCACGGGGCUAUGAAGGAGAGACCUGCCAGUAUGCUAACUGUGAGCCAAAGUGUAAAAACGGGGGUGAAUGUCUCCGUCCUGGAAAGUGCAGAUGUCCUCCAGGACUUGGUGGGAAAUAUUGUGAAAAAGUGGCAUGUGAUGGUGGCUGCUGGAAUGGUGGAGAGUGCAUUGCAGUGAACUUGCAGGCUAAGUGCAUUUGUCCCUCCAGCUGGACUGGAUCUAAAUGUCAAGAAGCAAUUUGUCCUCAGGGUUGCCAGAAUGGAGGCAGCUGUGUGGCUCCAGGAAUCUGCAGCUGUCCAGAGGGAUGGUUGGGGGGAGCCUGUCACAUCGCUGUGUGUAAGAAACCGUGUCUGAAUGGUGGGAAGUGUGUGUCUCCAGACAAAUGUCGCUGUCGCAGUCCAUUCUCCGGCCCUCAGUGCGAGGACAGAAAAAAACUCUUCUGAUCUCAGCACUUACACUCCCUCAGAGCUGGAGACUUGGCCAACAUGGUGCUAUUCAUUCAAGUUUGUUCAUUCACUUUUUAUCAUGUACUUUUUACAUUUGUUUACAUUUCUAAACAAAUUUGUUACAUUAUGUUAUAUGUAUACUGUGUGAUUUUUGACAUUAAAUAAAUUAUAACACAAGUUUA